AUGGCGACUACCCCACCGCCGCCGUCACCAUCGGCCUUGAGGGUUCCGACUGCACCACGCCAUGGUGCUGGAUAUGAUGCAUUCGAGCCAUACGCCCCACGGUAUUCAGCUAGACUAGCAAGUCAGCGUGCUUCAAGAUCGAAAGAGACGACUCCGCCAAGCUGCCCAAAUUCGCCUAGCAAAUCCAAGGCGUCACCCAGGAAAUAUCGAAAAACGGAUGAAACAACUAUAUCACCACCAAACAGUUACUCCAGGUCACGGGAUUUUGACACCCACCUGAGCUCUCGAAGAGGAAUCACCAGUUCUCUCACCUCUGGUCUUCCCCCUUCUCACAUCGAUGCCUUUCCCACCCCAGCCAAAACUCCGUUGAAGAAAAAAGUAACAGGUGAUCUUUCAUCAACUUCUCGCGCUUUGUUUCCUUCAGCUAGCAAAAUGGCGCAUAGAAUGACCCCAUUCCCAUUCUCAGUUGAUGGUCUUGACGCGUCUGAAGAUCGGUCGAGUAUCGAUAUCUUCACGGAUUCGCGUGACCGUAUCCCCAGGGCCCCGCGUACUCCUGGACGAAGAAAUCCACUCCGUGGUAAAAAUAUGACGAAAAAAUUCGACGAUGCUGAAGAAGAUGAAGAGGACGAUCCCAAUGAUCUGGGCUUGUUCGCUGGUCGUGAACACCUACUGCCCGAGCCUUCUGAAAUACAACGUGUCAAGCCCCUUCGUCGCAAGGAUAUCAAACCUCGCAUGCUCUGGGCCAGCGAAAGUGAUUUGCCCGUUCUUCAAGAGGCCAACCCGAAGCCCACCGCUGAGACGGCUACGGAGGAUGAAGCCACGGACGACGAGGAAGCUACAUAUGCUGAUCACAAGCAACGUCCCGUCACUUCUUUGCCACAUGAGCUUCCCCCUUCACCCAAGGGCAUACGCAAGCUCCGCUCUCAGUCUCGCCGCCAUGUCGAUAAUUAUGAAUCCCCGUGUGAAUCUCUGUCGUCUGGGUCAAACACACAUCGCACUGCCUUCCACGGCUGGUUGCGUAAAAAGAAGAGUUCUGAAGAGCAGGCACCUGCUGUACCGGCCACGAAGCGGGAAGCUGAGGAGGAUGUGAGCCACCCGGGUGCUAAGAGAACCCGUGCCACUCGCAAGGCCCACAGUGCUUAA